AGCAUUUACGAAAGCUGUCGCGUAGAUCGAUUCUCUUUCUCUGUGCUUUUCAGCUUUUCUCUCUCUCGCUUCACCGUUCACACAGGCAACGUCAGUUUGAAUGGAAAACAUGGCCUUGAUGCGGGAGAAAGAGCCCAGAGCAACUCUGCCUAGUUGAUCAACUGCAUUCCUGGAAUAUUUCUCAAGCAUCUUAUCGAUCAUUAGUUUAUCUUUGGCCCGGGAAACGUGAAAAUCGAGUCAGUCAGUCAGUGUCGAUGAGCGCCGUUUUCUCGGUAACACGAAAUCACAUUACCAUCGAUCUCCUUUCAGACCUUUCUACUUUGAUCCCCAUUUGUAAUCGUACAUUCUACCUGGAUAAUUCCCAUCAGAAAUAUAUUAUUUUGACGAAACAUCGGCCUCAACGAGGAAUGGAAAAUCGGCCGAGAAAUUCACCCGAUAAACGCGCACAUGUUAAAGUGGAUUAUUUUUGGCCCUAGUUUUGACUGGUCACCGUGUGUUUCGAAACCAUCCUGAUUAUUUCCUUGGUGAAAAAUCCCCUAAAAAUUAUUUUCCGAUGGCGGACGUUGUGGAUUUUUCACGCCCUCGCCGUAUCCCGCUCUCCCCCAGCGAGAUGCCCCAGUUUCAAGGAUUUCCCCUUAACUAUGAACCCUCGACACCCUACACCACGCCCACCCCCCGUCUGAAGCUGUCGGAGGAGGAACGUUUCCAGCAGUUCACUCUUCAUCUAGUGGAGAAAUUCCUCCAUGCCUUCCUACGGAAGAAAGGCCUGGUGACCCCCUCCCCGGGGUCCUCCUCGCCCCCCGCCCCUCCGCACAGCCUUCGCCUCACCCUGCAGUCGUCCGCGGUGAGACGCGCCUCUCUAGCGGAAGAAGAGGCCCUGGAGCGAGUGUGCCGCGAUCUGCUGUGGUUGGUGGAGAACUUCCAGAAGGACUACAACGCCGAGGUGGGCGGGAAGGAGGCGGUGCUGACGGAGUGGUUCGAGGGGAACGGGUGGGAGUGGAUGCAGUGCCGCUUCGACAGCAUCUCCGCCAAGGUGUACACGGACCACCGGGUGCACGGCCGGUAUGUGGCCUGGGGCCGGAUUGUGGCGCAUUUCUUCUUUGUGGCGCAACUGGCGCAGGAGGGAGUGGAGAGGGGGCACGAGGGGAUGGAGGGGGUGGUGGCGCAGUGGAUGAGCGGGUUUCUGUGCCGGGAGCUGCGCGGAUGGAUUACACAGCAUGGAGGAUGGGCUGGUCUGGCUCGUCACCGUGACAGUGUGGGGCGCAUCCGCAGUUGGGGCGACAAAUUCUCCAACACCUUCUACGGACUGAGCGCCGCGGCCCUCUUCGGUGUCGGCCUGAUUGUCGCCCGCAAAUUCCUCACUCAUUCGUGAAUCUACGUACAGCGAAUCCUCUUCUCUCACGAAUCCACGGCAUUUCUCCCCGGGUCCACAUCUCGGAAAUGGCAUUUUGGCAAAAUAUGAUCCGUCGAUCUAUUUCGUACCAAAUAUAUUACGAUUUUUGUAAUAAUCGUCUAGCGACACAAAAAUGGUGGUCUCGUUUUUUUUUGGUUGUGUAUCCGCUGUGAUUUGUACUUUUGUAUAGGUGUCUUCGGUUAUUGUGUACGUCGGUACGGGGUAUUUUUUUCCGGCAUGGAAUUAGUCAUUUUUUGCUUUUUUUGGAGCACAUAGGAAGCGGUAUUAAUGGUGUUUUUGCGUAUAAAUAUAGAAUUUUCUGUGGGCACAAUUUUGUGUUAAGUAUUUCUGUAAUGGUAUUUUUUCCUUCUUUUUCUCUCUCUUUGCAAUCAGAAAUCAAAUGUUUUAAAAACUGCAAUUAAAGAUUUUUGUGCUGUGC